AUGUCUACCCUGACCAUGACUUCAAUCUCUUCGGGAAAAGCUGGAGACAAACAAGUUGAGGAAGUUCAGUCUCCGCCGCACUAUUCGGCCACGGAGCUCAAGGCACAGAAGAGCCUCCUCUGGAAGCUCGACCUCGUCAUCCUGCCACUGCUCUCACUCUCCUACCUGAUAGCCUACUUGGAUCGAAACAACAUCGGGUACGCGCGUUUGAUGGGCUUGCAAAAUGAUUUGGACCUUUCAAGCCAGCAGUUCUACAAUGUUGUUAUGGUAUUCUUUUGCAUCUUUGUUGGCAAUCUCUUCAUCCGGAAACUGGGCCCAAAGAUCGUGCUGGGUUCCGCCGUUGUGCUGUUUGGAGUCCUUGUCUGCUGCAUGUGCAAAGCUAGAGGGUACGGAGACCUGAUUGGAAUUCGCUUUGGCGUUGGCUGUGCAGAAUCAUUGCUUCAAAGCGUCCCUCUGUACAUGGCUAUUUGGUAUGGGAGAUAUGAGCUAGGGAAGAGAAUUGCGAUUCUUUAUUCUGCAACAACAAUAUCCGGCGUCUUCGCUGGGCUGAUCUCAUAUGGCAUCCAGAAAGGUCUUGAUGGCAAAGACGGUAGACCGUCGUGGCAGUGGUUAUUCAUUAUUGAGGGUGUUGUUGCUAUAGGUAUUGGACUGGCAAAUGCGGCAUUCUUGCCCACCUUCCCUGAACACAAGCAGAAUUCAAGAUUCAUUACCGAUUUAGAAAUCAAGGUGGCUCGCCAAAGAAGCCUAGAAUAUAACUCACACGAGGUCAAAUUCGAUUCACGUCAAAUCGUCAAGAGCCUCUUGGAUCCAAAGACGUACCUACUUGCUCUGUUUUCAGGGUGCAAUACCACCUUGAUCGCUUCGACAGGCGCUUUCCUGCCCACAAUUGUCAAAGAAUUUGGAUACAGCGAAGUCCAGGCCCAGCUGUUCACCAUGAUUCCAUACGCGUGCGCAUUUGUCACCAUGCUGGCCGUUGGGUACCUCUCAGACUACUGCCGCAACAAGGCAUGGUUCGUCGUCGGAUCAUUAACUUGCUCUGCUAUCGGUCUGAUCAUCUGCAUCAGCACCACAGGGAAAGGAGCCGGCAUGUUCGGUGCUUGCCUUCUCGUCGCUGGUGCUUAUCCCGCCGCUAUCUUACAGAUUACCUGGAUCCAGGUUACUUUCUGUGGUCACACAAAACGCGCAAUAUCCUGGGGCGUCUGCCAGAUUAUCGGGCAGGGGCUGAGCAUGAGCGGUGCCCAGAUCUAUACUCGCCCACCUCGCUUCUUCAUGGGUCACGGCAUCCUUCUUGGAUUUAUCGUGAUGGGCAUUGUCUCGACCGUCACGGCAAGGUUUUUAAUGGCCCGUGCCAACAAGCAAAGAGACAGGGAACUCCGGGAGUAUGAAGAGAGGGGCGAAGUGCACCCCGACAUCGGGAAGUCUUUUGAGGAAACUUGUGAUGAUCACAUCAAUUUCCGGUACUCUCUGUGA